AUGACUCCCAACCUCAUCACCGAUGCUCAGUCUCACAUAUUCUCCUCUCGAAUGACUGUAGCUCAGAAAAAAGAGGCACAUGAAUUAAGAAAGACUCUCAAGCCACUGAUGGAAAAGAGAAGACGUGCUCGAAUAAAUGAGAGUCUCAAUCACCUAAAAACACUCAUUCUGCCACUGGUCGGCAAAAAUGCUUCACGCUAUUCGAAGCUAGAGAAAGCUGAUAUUCUGGAAAUGACAGUCCGCUUCCUUCGAGAUUUGCCUUCGUCAUUCACUAAAGGUCAAACAGACAGCUAUAAAGAGGGUUACAAAGCAUGUUUCCAGCGCGUCUCUGCGCUGCCGCCGCAGUCCGGCCUGGACGCAGAAACCCGUCAGCGCGUCACUGAAUUCAUCCAGCACUCGAUGGUGCCUGCGACAUCAACUUGCCAUAACUGCUGUGCUCAUAACUCCAGCACGAUUUCACAGAUGCACCAGAAAAUCUUGAGCUUGAGAAACAACAGCGGUAGCGCAUCAGCAUCCAGUCAACCCCAACCUGCGACACUGGCACCUGUGGACAUGUGGAGACCCUGGUGA